AUGGCAAACAGCAACAAGCCUACUGACCCCCUGGACCAAAUCCAGUUCAUGCUUAACGAUGUAAUUGUGCAAAUAGGGAAGGCCUUGAGAGCCACUAACCGGCAAGGUGACCGCCGAAACCUGGCUCAAGUCCAGGCCUCGGUCAAAAGCCGCGUGCCUGACACCAUUGAAAACUUCCACUGGGCGUUGGACGAUCUGGAAAGCGAAAUCGUAAACGCAAAAGCCGCCUUGCAGAGAGAUCUUGACCGGUUGCGAGCGAAGCGCAUGUCGCCAAGAGACGAACAUUCCCCCGCCGAAGCUGGAUCCAAGUCUUCCGUUACCAUGCGUACCAACUUUUCGCAGCCGACUCCGAGUCUUCAAUUAAAGCAGGAGAACCGAGACGCUUCCGGCGCUGCCCAGGCGGCCCCGCCUGCGCCGAUGGCUCCCUUCCCCGACAUGGGCGUCGGGACAACCCCAUCUCCUGCCCGGGUAACAGAUGCGGGCAUCAAGCAGGAGCCCGCGCCCUCGGCGCCGCAGGCGAUUAUGGGCCCUAUCGGUGACGCGGGGGCCAGCUCAGCGGGGGCGAAAAUCGCUCUCGCUGCCCCAGAGGCACCCAUGGAUGAUCUGCCAGGAAUGUCAAGGACCACCAACGGGUCCGGCGGGGGCUCCGGAGCCGAGUUCAAUUUCACAGACAUGACGUUCGAUCUCGCCCCUUCGAGCAAUGAACCGCCAAAUUCAUCGACAUCGCAGAAUCUCAACAUGGACACGCCGCGCUUCGGCACUGCGGACGACAUGCUUUCUCUCGAUCAGUUUCUCGCUCCGAAUACCGGUACGGCUAGCCAGCCGGCGACAAGCAGGAACAAUGCUGGCAACAAUGCAACGGUCGCCGCCGCAGCCUCUGCGGCUCAGAAGCCCCAGGAAUUAACGAAGAGCACGGCUAGAGCAGCCGCCGCUGGUACGGGCGUAGGCGUAGGCGUAGGCGAGGGUGAUAAGUCCAACCUUGACAGUACUGCCAUGGACCUUGACAUUGAUGUGGGAGGUGGCGCGGACGGCAGCAACUUUGACGACAUGUUCUUCGGAAACUCUAACGUGGAGGAUGAGAUUCAGUUCGACGAUGCAUUCUUCGGCAUAUCAUCGACAUAG